CUGGACCCCGAAGUCCGAGAGCGGCUGCUGUCCGCCAGCGCAGCCACGCUGGACCGGUUGCUGAAACCGGUCCGCGUCACGGUGGCCAGCCGACGCAAACGCCGCCGUAAUCUGAGCCCGGGGCGGAACAUACCCGUCCGGACCUUCGCCGAUUGGAACCGCCCUCCGCCGGGCUUCCUGGAAACCGACCUGGUUGCUCACUGCGGGGACAACAUGGGAGGGUCCUUCAUCUACAGCCUGGUGGCCACUGAUAUCUGCACUGGAUGGACCGAGGCGGUACCUCUAUUGGCUCGGGAGCAGUCCCUGGUGGUGACAGGAUUAGAGGCCAUCGCCAAACAGCUGCCCUUUACCGUUCUCGGCAUUGAUUCCGACAACGACAGCGUGUUCAUCAACGAUACCCUUACCCAGUACUGCGCUGAUCGGAGCAUCGAGUUCACCCGUUCCCGGGCGUAUCGCAAGAACGACCAGGCCUGGGUCGAGCAGAAGAAUGGGGCAGUGGUCCGGCGCUUUCUGGGGCAUGAGCGGUAUUCGGGGCAGGUGGCGGGACAGACCAUAGCCCACCUGCACGGGGCAAUGCGGCUUUACGUGAAUUACUUCCAGCCCUCGUUCAAGCUGAUGGAGAAAACACGCAACGGCUCAGCUAGAAAAGCGCUGCAGCAGAGCCGGCCGGAGGCUCCACCGGCCGAAGAGGCCGAAGAAUACUGCUGGCAAUACCACCUCGGCCGCACCCUCACCUGGAACGGCGCCGAUAACGACCCGAACCUGCAUGAAGCAUUCCAACUGGGAUUGAAGGACAAGCAGACGCUAUGCGAUCAGGGGAAGAGGCGUUAA